GCUGCCGUGAAAACAUCUUGUUUGCUGGCAGACGAUCGCGCGCUUCGCUGUGGUUCGUCUCUAACUGAACUAAAAUAACAAAAAAAGAAAGACGUUUUCAAAAAUCAAUCGGGCUGACCUCCAGCUGAGUUAACUAAAGCCGUGCUUUGCUUUGAUUUAUCGUAAAAGUUUGUUAAAAGUUGCAGAAAAUGUAACACAAAAACAAACAAAAAAUGAUGACGCAAAUACGCAGUUUAAAUUAGCUUGCGCAGCACAUUAAAAAAAAAAAACAAAAAAAAAAAAAACAGAAACAAAACAAAAAUAAUACUACAUAAAUUUUGCAACAAAUGCAAUUUGUGAACAACAAAUGUAAAUAGCAUAUUACAAGCUGCUUAAUUGUUGUCGACUUCAAUAAACGCGUCGUUAUGUCUACAAUUGCGGCUAAUCAGCCAAUUAAUCGUUAUCGUCAUCGUUUGUGCCUAAUUGUCUUGGCAGCGGCUUUGUGGCUGGACACUUGGGCUGCACUGGUCGACGCCAACGCCGUUCACAUUGAGCUGCGGCGCAGGCGCAGCGUUCGCUUCAAUGGCAUUGAGCUGGACGAGAACGCGCUGCUCGAGCAACUGGCGGGCCAUGAACGAGCUCUGCUCUUUGGCACGACAGCAGCACCUGAAUUCAAAUUGGUGCAGCUGGAACGGCGCAACGUGCACCAGGAGCGGCGGCCGAAGCAGCAGCAGCAGCGGCAGCAGCAUUCGCGUGGGCGUCGCAGUGCGGCAGAAGCCGGCACAGUGGAAGCUGAACUGAAGCUGCGUCAAACGCCGCAAUUGUUUGACGAUAAUUUCAUCUUUAUACGACGCAACGCUAACAGCACCCAAUUUGUGGAGCAUUCGCCGCAGCUGCUGCAGCGCCUCGAGCGCUGCUUCUAUCGCAGUCCAUGGGCGGCCCUCGAUCUGUGCGACGAGCAGAGUGUGCGUGGCGUUUUUCAACAGAAUGCCAGCAACUUUGUCAUCCAGCCGCUGCCGGCGCGAUUUGGAGCGUCAGCCCAUGUGCUCUACCAGGCGCGCUUAGAUAAGAGCGACAACAGCAAAAACAACAGCAGCAGCAACUUCAGCAGUCAGACAAUACCGUUAGACAGUCAGCUGCAGUUCGAGCCCGAUGCAGAUGAAUUCAACGAACCGCGACAGCAACAGCCCACACAACAGCAGCAACGGCAACAGCUACGACGCAAACUGCAAUCACAGCUGCGACUGCGCUAUCAGCCGCGUCAUCAUCAUCAUCAUCAUCAUCAUGAGCAAGUCCGUCAGUCUCAUCAUCAUCGUUAUGGCCCUGGCAUUGCCGACGACGCCAGCACGCCUCGUCUUCGCCGGCAUAUCGAUGAGCCGUUCCGCCGCCCUUAUGUGCCCGAUGAGCUCUACAUUGAGACGGCGAUAUUUGUGGACAGCGACCUGUACAGGCACAUGGGCAAGAACUAUCCCACAAAUACUGAGAACGAGUUGAUGCGCUUCGUGCUAGCCAUGAUCAAUGGCGUCCAGCUACUCUAUCAUCAUGACACUCUGGGCAGACGCAUCAAUUUCGUGCUCAAGCGCUUGGAGAUCCUGCCCAAGGAUACGCCGGGCCUGUUUCGCUCCACCGAUAUUGACAACUAUCUGAGCAACUUCUGCCUGUGGCAGAAGAAUCUGAAUCCGCCUCUGGACUCGGAUAUCCUGCACUACGAUCACGCAGUCAUUCUCACCGGCUUGGAUCUUCAUGUCACGGACAAGAAUGGCAAGAUCACUAGCCAAGUUGUGGGCCUGGCACCCGUGGCAGGCAUGUGCACGCCCACCUCCUCCUGCACCAUCAACGAGGGCAAGCACUUUGAGAGCGUCUUUGUGGUCGCACAUGAAAUCGGACACAACUUGGGCAUGCGUCACGAUUCCAAAGAGAACAACUGUGAUCCCAGUCUGCAUAUUAUGUCGCCCACUUUGGGCAGCGGCAAGAUAACCUGGUCUAAGUGCUCCCGCGGGUAUCUGGAGGAUUUUCUAUCUCUGAAGCAGGCGGAAUGUCUGUUCGAUAGAGGACACUUCAUUGGGAAAUGGGAUCACUCGGCCAAGGGCAAGUUGCCCGGCGAACGCUUCGAUGCCAAUCAACAGUGCAUGCUUAAGUUCGGACGCAAUUCGGUGCAUGCCGGCAGUCAGAGCAAGUCGGAGAUUUGCCGUGACUUGCACUGCCAGCGGGAAAGACUAACUUGGACUUCACAUCCGGCACUGGAAGGCACCGAGUGUGGACCGAGCAUGUGGUGUCGCGGUGGUUCUUGUGAGCCGCGACCUAACAAAUAUCCCAUCGGCUCAAUGAAGCAGCUCAGUGGAGGCGGCUCGCUAAAGUCCAGCUAUGAGAAGCACAGCGCUAUCUAUGCCGAGUCUUCGAGCCGAAUGGAGCAAUUGCAGCAGCCGUAUAAAGCCAGUGGCAAUGAGCUGCCGGGCGUCCCAAGCACCUGGAGUGGUUGGGGCGAGGCCAGCGCCUGCGACUCCAGCUGCCUCUAUGGACCAUCGAAUCGCUUGCGUGAGGGCAGCACCGGUCUGCGCAUCUACAAUCGCAGCUGUCUGAGCUAUCCCAAACGCUGUGAGGGCUGGGAUCGCAAGUUCGAGGCAUGCAUUGCCAAACAGUGCUAUGUUGUGCCCGUUCAGACGAUUGGCGACUUUGCCACGAAUGUGUGCAACAAGGCGCGCAAGUCCGACAACGAGCUGACGGGCGAGGGGCUGCAGCUGGUUGGCUCCAUUGAGGACUCCUGUAAGAUUUUCUGCCGCACCAAGAGCAAUGGCACCAAGUCGCGUCGCUGGACCUUUCCGGAUGGCACGACCUGUCGCGCUCAGGAUCAUGGCCCGGAGCAUAUUGCCUAUUGCAUUGCCGGACGCUGUGAGAAGUUCUCGUGCAGCAAUGCCACGGAUAAUUUCUUCAAAAUGGAUAACACAUUCUGUGCGUAUCGUGCGCCACGCCCACAGCGCGAUUCCACGGAGCUGGAGAGCAAGCAGCAGCCGAGCUAUACGAAUAACAUAAGCUACAAGCGCAAUGCCGAACGAUUGGAUCCUUACAGGAAUCGCUAUGAAAAUGAGGUGGCUGUGCGCAGUUUCCACGGGCAGGACAAUCAUUUAAUGCCACAGCCGAAGCCGUACAAGCACAAGGUCUCUUCCUCUUCCUCUUCGCCUUCGUCCUACUCGAAUGACUACAAAUACAAUUAUCAUGUUCAGGAUCCAUUUGGCAAAGCGGCGCCGCCGCCCGCCUCUGCCUCGCUCGUCGUCGAACCGGAAUUGUCGUCGGAGUGGCAGGUCGAGUCCGGCUGUCACUCCAAUUGCAUGACGGAGUCAAUGGGCGUACAGGCGGUUAGGUCACGGCAAACGGGCCGGCGCAAUAUACAGUUAUGCACGCACAAGGUGAAGCCAUGCGAACGGCUGCAAACGCCAGCCGAAUAUGCGGAACAAACGUGCGCCAGAUAUAAGAUGAAGGUGCGCGGCCUAUCCGGUCAUGGCUCCCAGAUCUCGGCCAGCAUCACAGAGCCGGAUCGCAGUUGCCGUGUCGGCUGCCAGGAUGAGCACAUCAAGUAUCGCUAUUAUUUGGUCAACGGCAUCCACGGGCAUUUUCCCAUCGGCACGCGCUGCUCUCAGAUGGGCAGACGCUAUUGCGUGGAUGGCAAGUGCCUGGAGUUCGGCGCGGAUAAACUGCUGCUGCAGCAGUCACACAUCAGCUUGGCGCUCUUCCGGAACAAACGCGAGGCGAUAAAGCGAAAAAAGCGCAGCUUCCUCUACUACGAUCCGGUCAACAUUACGGAAACAAUCACCCAGGACUUUCUCAACAGCAUUGUCAACAGUAUUAUAGAUUUUGAAAGGCAACAUCUGGACGUUUCCGCCGACAACAUCGAAUUAUCCAAUCCUAUACACGUCUCUCAGGACGAAUUAAGCAACAAUUAGUUAUAAGUAAUUACUUUUCAUAUAUCUCUCCCCUGCUCAGUCUAUAUAUAUAUUUAUAUAUGUACUUGUACUUUGUGUUGUUCUGCUCAGACUGCCCCACCCGCCUAAGGCGUGCUCAAUACAAAUCCCUAGAAUUAUAAGUUUUAGAUGUAAAACCAAA